UUCCUUUGUUUGAUUGUGUAUCUCCCUACGGAGCAACCACAUAAGGGAUUUCCGUUAUAGGCGAAUGAUCAUAAUAAAUUGGUUGCUCAACAAAUUUUAGAACCUAAAGAAGAAGAGCGACCAAUUUUUUAUCUAAAGCAAGAAAUCGAUUACGGUUUGCUUAUUGCGAAAUUAUAGACGAGAGAGUUUGUGAGAAACAGGGACCCAAUCAAUAGGAUGUCCCUCCAGAAAGCAAUUGUUGACUCAAUUCAUAAUCAUUUGACGAUAAUUCUGGGCGAAGAUGUUGAACCUAAUAUUGUGGAGUAUAUCCGCGGAAUGAAGCACGAGGAGGAUUUUGAAGAAUUUAUGGAAAAUAUCGUAAAUAAAAAUGAUGUUGGCCAUGUCACUGCUAGCGUUGCUAUUAAGAACUUGAUAUUUUCAACCAAAAAAGUGCAGUCGAAAUUCCAGGAACCUCAAACUUUUGAUCAAAAACAUCUUAAAUUAAAUUUGCAAGGAAAAAAGGAAAAGAAGAAGUUUCGCAGUAUAAAACAAUUUGAGGAGGAGAAAACAGAAAUGCAAGGUACUAAAGGUCGUAGUACCUGUGAUUGUUUGGGACAAGAGCAUGACUUCUUGAACAACUGUAUCGAAUGUGGCAGAAUUCAUUGUAUUAAGGAAGGUCCUGGUCCUUGUUUAUUCUGUGGAAAUAUGAUAUCCAUUAGAGGUGCAACAAUGUUUGAUUCAAAAGGCAAGAAAUCUGUUAUGAAGCCUAAGAAAAAUAAGGUUUUCGAUGACGACAAUGACUAUUUUAAAAUUAACUCGAAAAAAGAAGAAACUGAAAAAAACAAAAUGGUCAUUGCACUUGAUCUUGCUAGCAGGAAAGUUAUUGAGAGCUCGGAAGAGGAUGUCAAGAUAAGAAAAAUGUUGCUCCAGGACUCUAUAGAGCACUUGAAAAAAGUUGAGAAUCUGUAUAAAAAUAUAGAACGACGAUCCCAAUUUAAAGGAGUAAUGUCAAGAAGUCAUAAUGCACUUGAUGAUUUGGUGGAUUUGUUGAUUCAAAUGAGGCACAGAAAGCCAGCUGAACCCGAAAAUCUCGGUAUUGAAGAUAGCAAAAUGCCCGCAAAUAAUUUAAAUAGGAAAAUUCUUGAUGAAGAUAUGUUGCCUAAUAUGGAUCAAGGAUUGUGCUUGAGCUUGCAUCAGCCAUAUGCGAGCCUAUUAGUGGCUGGUGUAAAGAGGCAUGAAGGUAGAGUUUGGUAUACAAAUCAUAGAGGUCGAUUGUGGAUAGCUGCCGCAGCAAAGCAACCAGAGGAAGACGAAGUUCGAUCUUUAGAAACAUUUUAUAAAGAUUUUCACAAAGAUCCGUCCAUUAAGUUUCCCAGAGAAUAUCCGACGAGUUGCCUUUUGGGCUGUGUUUAUGUUGAGGAUUGUUUAGAUCAGGAAACGUACAGAAAGAGGUUCUCCAGUUGUGAAGAGUCUGGAAGCCCCUAUGUUAUGAUUUGUUCGAAUCCUAUAAUUUUGCCAAUAUAUUUCCCAAUUUCGGGGAAGCACAAAAUAUAUCCGCUUGAUAAAGAGUUGCAUAGUUGUGCAAAAAUAGCGUUACAGCAUGUAAAGUACUUCUAGAAACUUGAAUGUUUUAUUAUGAUGAUUAAAUAAUAUUGGAAUUUUGAAAGGAAGUAGACGACCCCCCCACCCCCCGCCCCAGCCCCACCACAUCCAAACACACACACCCAAACACACACAUUGAACACAGGAAUUGAAAACACUACAUCAUUUUUUAAAUUACCACGUGAAGGGCUCUGAGGACGUAACUGAAACUUGGCUUUGAGGAGGGAAGGGUCACUACCUGCUAUAAGCCGAUUAGUAAAAUUUCACAAAUGGAGAGACCUACUCUUUUCCAUUUUUAACCAGCCCAAUUCUUUUGUUUUCUGCCACAUGAUCAUAUUUACUAUAAUUUUUUGAAUGAGAAUCCUCAAGAUCUAGACAUGGGCCAUAAAUGAGAUCGCAAUAGUUAAAUGUGAUAACACUAAGCUUUGGCAUAGAUUAUGUUUUAGGGUUGUAUUGAGAAAAAGUUUUAAGUUAAUAGAUGCUUCUUGAAUUAGUUUCGUGACAUGUUCACGAAACCUAAGCUCCGUGUCCAAGAUGAUUCCAAGAUUCUGGCAGAAUUAACGGCAUAUAAGGGAAUGUUAUCAAUUUUCAAAGAAAUUUGUUGUUUAGCUACAGUUACCUUUUUAUUUGCACCAGAGAAUAGUGCAUAAGACUUCCUUGCACUUAAUUUAAGAUUAUGUUUCAAUGAUAAUUUACACAAACUCUCCAAUUUAGUGCUUAUCAUUGUUUCAGUAUUCUUAGCAUUAUUGGCACAAAAAUGAGCAUUGGGAAUCGGUCAUCCGAGACGGUAUUUCUGUCCCUCAUUUAGCUCCGCCCCCCUCAAACAAUAUGUAAGCAAGUACAGAGUACAAUGCGAGCCAGUUUCAGUCAAGCUCUGAAGAAGUCAACAGGAUGAUUGGCGAAAUGUCAGCAAUUUCGACCCAGCAAAAACCGACGCAGGAGGAAUACAGAAGUUUCGUAAAAAAUAAAUACUAAUAUUUAAAUAUAAUUUUUUUAAAUUGUUUUCUAAGUUCUUGACGGUUGACUUCUUUGUAGAUCAAUAAAUUAUUGUACCGAAUUAAGAAAAACUGUUAAGUUAGAAAUUAAUAUAAUUUUCAAUUAUUUUCUUUUACGAGGCCAACCGAGGCAUCAUAUUACUGUGUUUUGUAUGUUUAAUGUUGGUUUAAAAUGGGCCGAUGUUAGUUAUUUGGAAUAUAUAGGAGGAAUUAUU